AUGACAGACCACGCUGCAACUGUUUAUAAUGCUAUUACAGGUGGUUGUUUAGAAACUAACUUGCGACUUUUUGUGACGGUAGAAGACUUCAAAAGGUUUGUGGCACAGCAGCUUGCUAUUCCCUUAGAACACAUCUUCAUAUUGUUGCCGUAUGGGGCGAAGCUGAAAAAGACCACUUUUCUCAAUUGCGUGCGAGAAGGUACCAAGUGCGAAUUCUACGUUUUUGAUCGAAGGCUAUUCUCCUUCGCUCAAGAUUUAGACGCAGCAGAGUUAACCCAUCAGUCGGAAGAAAUUCGAGAACUCCUCACUAGGGUAACGCAAGGUGGCCCUGGUGGGCAGGUCACGCUCAUAAAGCCGGUUACUUCACCUCUUCUAGAGAUCAAUAACAUUUCGGCAAGCUUCAAUUACCGGAAGGCUGUCACCAUGCUCACCACCAACAUGGGCUGGCUCAGCGCCCUCGAAAUCGACGCACAUUAUUUUCACUCGAUAAUUCACAAAACCCUGCGCGAAAUCCAGAUAAUAUUCCAAUGUUUUACGAUAUGUUCUCAAUACUUGAAACUAUACUGCUAUGACAUCGAAAAGCUUUACAACUCUAAUUUAGAGUUUCUCAAUCAACUUACCAAUGAAAGCAAUGCACAUCAAUGGCAGACUGUGUAUGACACUGUGCUCAGCAGGCUGAGUACUGUGAAUAACGAGAAGGAGACCAACUUGAGCCAGUUCCUGCGAAAAGAGGAUCUCGAACAUGAUUAUGACAACCUAAUGAACGUUAACAAGUCAGUUACUGCCAAACUGCGGCUGGUGAAAGAUGAAAUCAACGAUAACUAUCAGAAAAGGCAAAAUCUUUCUAAAAAGGUACAAGAGUUAAAAAGUCUAUUUGAUCAGUCGCCAACUAAGUAUGACAUGGAAAACAACAUGAUCCAAAAGUUCAAAGAAAUGACAUCUGAACUCAAGAAGGCUACACACGAGACGCUAGCAUUAACUUCAGAUGAGUUCACGGAAGACAUGUUAUUGCAACUCUCUCAAAAAAUUUCCCACGACAAGAACUCAACAAUUUCUAACCUUUUCACCAUAGCACAAUCCCUUUUUUCACAGGCCGAGCAAUCCUUAGAGAAAAAGAGGGAGCUACAGGAACAGAUCGUAAAUCUUCUGGGCCAGACGGCAAUAGUACAAGUGCAGAUCCUGGAAGUGAAGAAAGUGCUGCUUAAAGAUUGCAACCAACAGUUAGAGAGUCUACAGGCGUCUGAACUUAAAUUAUCUCAGGUAGAAGAUCUGCCUCUUCUCUACGGCCUGUACCUGAUCGAGAAACUGAGGAGAAAAAAUUGGUUUUUGCAAGUGACAAGGCUGGACAACAAAUUAACCGAAGAGUUCAAAAUGGUAAGAGAUGCUGAGGAGAUCCACAGGGAAAAAUGGAGUAGCAGCUUCAAUCAAAUAGCAACGUGGUUAGAAAUUCCGAACGAUGAUAUGAAGGAAAUACAAAAAUACCAAACAUUCGAUUCCAAAAAACUUCCAGAAUCUGAGCAUCUCAACAUAACCAGCGAGAAAAUCAAUCUGUACUUGUCCAAACUUUCUUCACAAAAAUUUGGUUCUGAUGUAGUUUCUUUGCUUCAAAAAAAUUUGGAAUCUGCUAAAUCCAUGAAAGUUACGCUAAGGUCUUCCUCGGGCUCCGCACGAACUCCCAAUUUUGAUUCCGACGUUGUUAAGGGCUAUCAACAAAGAAUUAAAAAACUGGAAUCUCUACUUCAUGACGCAAAAUAUUCAAACAUCAACUCUUGGCCCUCUGGCAUUUUGAAACAAACAAAGUGGACAGCUUUUGAGAAUAAUGUUCCUCCUGUUAAUGUGCGAAUGUCAACCUUUUUUGAUGAAAAAAGAGAGUUUAUUGAGUCGUCACAUGUAGAUUCGCUUGGGAUUGGUACCGCUGAUUUUGUCAAGCUACAAAAAGAACUAGAAGACCGCGAGGCCGAGCUUAAAUCAGCCCAAGACGAAUGCAAAAGGCUGCGAUCACAGGCCUUCGACUUUGAAGAUGAGCAAAAUGCGUAUCGUGAGACCUUGUCCGCUUUAAAUAAUGAGCUUUCGAAGCUCACCUCCGAAAAUGAAGGACGUUGCCACAAACAAGAAUCAGAUUUUGCAGAAUUGAAGGCCCAUCUUGCUACUGUAACAAAUAUCAAUUCUUCUUUGGUAAAUGAGAACGACGAUUGGAAAGGGAAGUUCAGCACCGAAAAACUCACAAAGGAGGAAUUACUCUCUAAUAUAACUAGGCUCGAGAGUAAUUUUGAAGGCGAGAGGAUCCAGUUUCUAAGAGACAUAAGUGAAUUGCAAAAAGAAGUCUCCGCAUUGAAACUUUCCAACGAAGAGCUGGUAACGAAAAAUGAAACAAUGGUAACUGACAAUAGGAAGUCAAUGGAAAACUCAAAUUCGCACGAUCUUCUUAAGGUAAGUUGGGACAUGAUGUCAAAACUUUUUGACGUUUUCAGAAGCGAUAUAUUCAUUCUGGAGAAUAUAGGUCUUCUUCUAACAAGUGAUGAACACAAGCAGUUUCAGAUCACUCGAGUAAAAGGGCUUCGCAAAGGAAUGGCACAAAGUGAUAUUUUGGAAAGUGCAGUUGAAUUAAAAAGUCCGACCAGCAUAAAAAGUACUGUUUUCCAAGAAGUAAAGUCGAUUUUUGAAGCGUCUCACACUUUUGAUGAUCCCAGCGCAUUAAUAAACCUCCUUGCUACCAUAGGGAAGCUUUCCGGAAGUAACCUUUAUCAAACGUCGGUUAUAAAAAGAUUUAAAGAUAUCGAGGCGCUCGCUAAGAAGUUGACCAAAGAAAACAAGCUUAAGCGAGGGGUGCUCGACUCCUAUCAAAGAGAAAAAAUCACCAUCAAGAACUUCCAAAUCGGAGACAUGGCACUCUUUUUGCCCACAAGAGAUGUCCCUGAAUCGAUCUCUUCUUCAGUAUCUUCGCUGGCUUCUUCGUUCUCCUCCGUUGACCUCUCGACUCCGCCGCCCCCAGGGUUUUCUAUCUCCCAUCAAGGAGAUAAGGACUAUGGUCAGGGGAAAGGCAAACGAGAUUUGAAUGGAGCAUACAAAGUCACUCCUUGGGCCGCUUUUACUGCCUUUGAUGAAUCUACUAGAUAUUUUUUGAAGGACAAUCAAAAAUUCACAGUUGAUAGGGACUGGUUUGUGGGAAAGAUCACUUCUGUUGAGAAAAAAAUUGCCAGCGACUCAGCUUCAAAUCCAUUCAAACUACCGAAGGGCACAGUUUGGGUCCAGGUUACAGCCGACUUUGUGACGGGAAAGAAUGUAUAA